AUGGAAAACUUAACAGCAAGUGAAAUAGCAGGUUUUGGGGUUGGAGCUUUGCUUUUAUGUGCAACCAUUUCUGCCCCAAAGAUUGAUUCUUUCAUUUCUGCUUCACAAAGAAGUUCCCUGGGGAUGUGCAAGAGAUGUGGUGAUCUAAGGAUGAUAGCAUGCUCAGGAUGUAAAGGAACUGGAUUAGUCAAAGAAAGUGGACCAUUAAGUUUUAACUUUAUAGAUGAUAUGUACGAGUCAAUUGGUGGCGACUCAAAGGCGAAGACCAUUAGAUGCUCUAAAUGUCAAGCUAGAGGUCGGUUUUGCUGCCCUGAUUGUUCCAAAGUACAAUCAUUUUAA